AUGCCAACGGCCUCCUCCUCCAAGUCUCCCUUGGCCACUCUUGUGAGCGGAUGCGGCGCCAGCGUAGACAUCAAAAAGUCAGAAUACUUAACGCUUGAUGACCGCCUGAUGGACUCUGCCUCCAGUGAUGAUCCCUCCUUGAAAAUAAUACUCAAUGGCCAAAAACAACAGGAGACACAGCUUUAUUUUUCUGAGCAGGGCAAGCUCAAGCUGUUGAAGACAGCCGAGAUUUUCGAUAUUGGCGCCAAGGCUACUCAACAGGUCCUUUCCUCGCCUUCACCUUUAUCGGCUUUACGGUGCUUCACCAAUGACUUUCCGUUGAGACUGAGUGCACAUACUUUUGUGAAUGAAUGGGUGCCUGGAAGGAGCUCUUGGGAGCUGAGACACAAGCUGAAGGAGAACGCGGCCGACGGCACCCCCCGGUACCUUGUCCAUGCCUCUGUCCUGCCCUGA